AUGAAGCGUGAUUUUGAUGAAAUCUCUGACGACGAAUGGGUCAACCACUCCUUCAAACCCUCCCGUGUCCUGAAAUCAACUCCAUCCUCUAAAUCUCCAUCUGAUCUUCCAAGCUCCCCUCCGCCAAUAGAGUCUUUUGCUUUCGGCACCAAAACCCAGCAGCUGCUUGCGUCCGGUAGCAGCAGCAGUGAUGAUUGUGUCAUCAUUACCCAGCCCAAGCCCUCAAUCCAUGCAGACUUGGAGGAUGAUGACGUUGAACAACACAACGACCGCCCGGUUUCCUUGGGUAAUCGUGCUCGUCGGUUUAUCAUUGACGACGAUGACGACGAGCAGCCUGCGGCGCAGAUGCUUCGAGAAGGUAAUCGGGAACUUACUGAGGUUUAUGAUGUCAAGUCCUGUAGUGACGAUGACUUAGAACUGGAACUGGAAGAAGACGCCGAGUUAGAACUGGAACUGGAAGACGACGACGUGAUUGGAAAAGCUCUGCAGAAGUGUGCCAAAAUUGCAGCUGAGCUUAGGAAAGACCUAUAUGGAUCUACAGCAGUAUGCUGUGAUCGGUAUGCAGAGGUUGAUUCUUCUACCGUCAGGAUUGUGACGCAGGAUGACGUUGAUGCAGCUUGUAUGGUUGAGGUUCCAGAUUUCCAGCCUGUUCUCAAGCCAUAUCAACUGGUUGGUGUGAACUUUCUUCUUCUUUUAUACAGAAGAAAUAUUGGUGGAGCAAUAUUGGCAGAUGAGAUGGGUCUUGGGAAGACUAUACAGGCAAUAACAUAUUUAAUGCUGCUAAAACAUUUGAAUGAUGAUCCUGGUCCACAUUUAAUUGUGUGCCCUGCUUCUGUUUUGGAAAACUGGGAAAGAGAACUUAAAAGGUGGUGUCCAUCAUUCUCUGUACUCCAGUAUCAUGGGACUACAAGAUCAGCCUACUCGAAAGAAUUAAGCUCUCAUGCCAAACAUGGUCUGCCGCCACCAUUUAAUGUGAUUCUUGCGUGCUACUCUCUUUUUGAGCGACACAGUGUGCAACAGAAGGAUGACCGUAAACUUCUGAAACGUUGGCGAUGGAGUUGUGUUCUUAUGGAUGAGGCUCAUGCUCUUAAGGAUAAGAACAGCUAUAGGUGGAAGAAUCUGAUGAGUGUUGCGAGAAAUGCAAACCAACGAUUGUUGCUAACAGGGACACCUCUGCAAAAUGAUCUGCAUGAGCUUUGGUCCUUAUUGGAGUUUAUGUUACCUGAUCUGUUCGCUACUGGGGAUGUUGACUUAAAGAGGCUGUUGAAUACAGAAGAUGGAGAUUUAAUUGGUCGUAUGAAGUCAAUCAUGGGGCCAUUCAUCUUGAGGAGGUUAAAGUCGGAUGUAAUGACGCAACUUGUUCCAAAGAUACAGCAGGUGAAAUAUGUUUCAAUGGGAAAACAACAGGAAGAUGCUUACAAAGAAGCAAUAGAGGAAUACCGUAAAUUCUCACAUUCUCAUAUUGCCAAAUGCUCAGAUGUUAACUUGACAACUGUCGUUGGGGUUCUUCCUCGACGGCAGAUAUCAAAUUAUUUUGUUCAGUUCAGAAAGAUUGCAAAUCAUCCAUUGUUGGUGAGAAGAAUUUACACUGAUGAGGAUGUUGUUCGGUUCGCAAAGAAGUUGCAUCCAAGGGGCGCCUUUGGCUUUGAGUGUACCUUGGAUAGAGUCGUCGAGGAACUUAAGAGCUACAAUGAUUAUUCUAUUCAUCAGCUUUUACUGUCUUAUGGUGUUAGUGACUCCAAAGGAAUCCUUUCAGAAAAGCAUGUCAUGCUUUCUGCAAAAUGCCAAGCAUUGGCUGAACUUCUUCCUUCCCUUCAGAAAGAUGGGCAUCGAGUGCUAGUUUUUAGUCAAUGGACUUCAAUAUUAGACAUCUUAGAGUGGACCUUGGAUGUAAUUGGGUUGACAUAUAGAAGACUUGAUGGAAGUACGCAGGUGACAGAUAGGCAGACGAUUGUGGAUGAAUUUAAUAAUGAUACGUCAAUAUCUGUGUGCUUGCUCUCCACUAGAGCUGGAGGGCAGGGUUUGAACUUGACUGGAGCCGAUACAGUGAUUAUACACGACAUGGAUUUCAAUCCACAGAUUGAUAGGCAGGCAGAGGAUCGAUGCCAUCGCAUUGGCCAGACAAAGCCUGUAACCAUAUACAGGCUGGUGACAAAGGGUACAGUGGAUGAGAAUGUAUACGAGAUUGCGAAAAGGAAGCUGACUUUAGAUGCUGCAGUUCUGGAGUCCGGGGUGGAUGUAGAGCAUCAGGGGGAUUUGUCUGAGAUGACUAUGGGGGAGAUAUUGUCGUCACUUUUGAAAGCGUAG